CGUGACUAUCGCACGCGCUCGACCGCACUGAUGAUGCAGCAGCAUUUCCCCAUAAUUGUUUAAUGUUGACGUCGUCACAAUCACACGCUGCCUGUUACUUCAUUCAUAAUCACUAUCCACCUUUACAGCUUGAGACGGAAAACGUAGCUGCGGCACCUGUAUUUGGAAUCGUUGAAGAGUCGAAGGUGGAACAUUUAUCUGGAAAUGGAUGGUGGAAAGGCGGCAAAGAAACGGCGAGUGGAGUCCAAUAAUGGGUCGGAGAAGCAAGCCGCCGGUGGUCAGCAGACUGGUGACAAUGGAGGGAAUAACAACACAUCGCUCAUGUUUGGCUUGAAGGAAGAAGUGGGAAUCCUUGCACGAACUCUCAAGUUGUUUGAGGAGCAUGACAUCAACCUGUCGCAGAUCGAGUCUCGUCCAUCCAAGCGUGUCGAGGGCAACUAUGAAUUCCUCGUCCUGUGCGAUGAGAAGGCGGACAAGCUGGAUGCCGUACUGGAUAAGCUGAAAGAGAAGGCAAAAUACGUCCACGUGCUGUCACGUUCACAAGAUGAAAAUACAAGCUCUGUUGACAAAAUCCCUUGGUUCCCGAGAAGAAUCAGAGAUACUGAUGACUUUGCCAAUAACAUCAUGAGCUAUGGAUCAGAGUUAGAUGCUGACCACCCCGGUUUUACUGAUGACGUGUACCGUGCCCGGCGUAAAGAGUUUGCAGACAUUGCGUUCCACUACAAGUACCACACGCCGAUUCCCCGCGUCACCUAUACAGAGGAGGAGAUCAAGACCUGGGGCAACAUUUUCCGAGAGGUGUCCAAGCUGUUUCCGACCCACGCCUGCCGGGAAUUCAACCAUAUCUACCCUCUGCUGGUGGAGAACUGCGGCUACCGAGAGGACAACAUCCCCCAGCUGGAAGAUGUCUCCAACUUCCUGAAAGAUUGUACUGGCUUCACUCUGCGCCCAGUGGCAGGUCUUUUGGCACCGCGUGACUUCUUGGCCGGACUAGCCUUCCGUGUGUUUCACAGCACCCAGUACAUAAGGCAUGGAUCCAAGCCUUGGUACACACCAGAACCGGAUGUUUGCCAUGAGCUGAUUGGCCAUGUGCCAUUAUUUGCCGAUCCAAGCUUUGCCGCGUUCUCCCAGGAGAUGGGCCUGGCCUCGCUUGGUGCACCUGACGAAUACAUUAAAAAGUUGUCAACACUUUACUGGUUUACUGUGGAGUUUGGGAUGUGCAUUCAGAACGGUCAUAAGAAAGCAUACGGUGCUGGACUGCUGUCCUCCCGUGAGGAACUAAAGUACUGUUUGACCGACGAGCCUGCGACCCGACCCUUUGACCCAGCUGUAACAGCCGAGCAGGAGUAUCCCAUCACCAGCCUCCAACCCAUUUACUUUGUGGCAGAGAGCUUUGAGGAUGCCAAGGAUAAAAUGAGGAAAUAUGCUGCCAGCAUCCCCAGGCCAUUCUCAGUCCGCUACAACCCCUUCACCCAGACGAUUGAGGUCUUGGACAAGAAGAUGCAACUGAAGGACCUUGCCACGAGCAUCAGAGGUGACCUUAAUAUUCUGAUUGAUGCGGUGAACAAGGUGUCCUAAACGUAACUCGGAAUAACUCCAGGGAUGGAAUGCAUCCAAGAAACUUCUGAAGAAAUUCCAAAACCGUAUGAAUACAUAAUUUUACACUUUUUUUAAUAAUUGAAUUCAAAUUGUGAGUUUGGCAAAUUUAAAAAAUCAAAUGCAGGUUCUUGGUGAGCCACUAUCAGAGUUGAAAAGUGUUGCUUCAAGACAGAUGCAUCAUGUAUACAUGUAGAUACCAAGGAAGAUAUAAUAUGAGAUUUGAAGGUUUGCAUGGUGGAGAGAUACUAAGACCUAGAUACUAUCUUUUCACUCUACUGUAUAAGGAAAAUGGUGGCUCUUUCUUAUAGACUGACAAUACCCAUAAAUAUGUACGGGUUUGGGUGUUUUCGUCAAGGUGUUAAUUUCCACUCCCUCAGGUUUGACAGGAUUGGGUUGGGAAAUUAAAUAUAUUUUAGGGGGGACCAAUAUAGUAUCAAUCAAGCAAUGCACCUUUAAAGUAUCUUCAGUAUUAAUGUACCAUUGAACCAAUGAUGUAGAUUACAUGUAGAAGAAAUCAAGUGAUUUUUUUAAAUCACCGAUUCAAUACAAUUUUUUUUAAAAGCAUUUAUCAAUUUAUUGAGUUUUGUGGAUGAUGGGUAUUAUAGGAACCUAAACUCCUUAGUGAUGGGUGCAUGGGGAGAUUUAGACACGUUUAGUCAUAUCAAUAAUUCGAAAUUUAAAAAAAUCAUAAAAAUCUGAUUUAAAAAAAAAAAAUCUGUUUAAAUAAAAUAAAACGUUUUUUUUUUUUUUUUUUUUUUUUUUUUAAAUCAAAAAAAUUGCAAACCCUGGUGUGACCGUUGUGUGUGAUGGGGAGUGAACCCGUGAAUGAUGAUAAUGAAAGUAACCAGAAUGAUUAACACAUGAUUUAAGUGACUGGAUUUUGUUCUUCCAGUAGUGAGACGAGUAUUUUGAGUGUUGUGUCAUUCUCUGUAGAGUCAAAAGAAAGUAUCUAGAUAGCUACCGCAAACUUAUCUUGUCUUAAGAUAUAAUAAUCAGCAUUUGAGGAUCCUUUUUUGAUGAACCCAAUCACAGUACUGAUUGAAAAACUAUGCAGUGUCAAUUUAAUAAAGAUACAAAUCAGAAACGUAAUUCACUGUAAGGACAAAUUCAUGAAUAGUGAUGACAGCAUACUCUUCUUCGAAGGAGAGAUUUUCCUUUGAAACUAGAACACGUGUGUUUGUAACUAGCUGCAACAUUUUUUUUUUGACCGAGUCAAAAGCUUCACUUCUUGUUUCCAGUCAUGUUAAAACUUCGCUUGCAGUUGGAUUUCAAAAGUUGAUUUUAAAACUACACUGAGAGUUGGAAGUAGAUGCACAGACUUGCAAU